AUAUUCAAGCCGAAGAGACAUGAGCUCACCAUCCUCAAGAGCGUUAGCGGUUUUGUUAAACCAGGAAGGAUGACGUUACUUUUGGGGCCUCCUGGUGCCGGAAAGUCUACACUACUCAAGGCACUUUCAGGGAAGCUUGACAACGGUUUGAAGGGAAAUGGUAGUAUCACGUAUAAUGGCCACAAAUUUGAGGAAUUUUAUGUGCAGAGGGCUUGUUCAUAUAUAAGCCAGACGGAUAAUCACAUUGCAGAAAUGACUGUGAGGGAAACACUAGAUUUUGCAGCAAGAUGCCAAGGUUCGGGUGAAGAAUUUUCAGAGUAUAUGAAGGAGAUUAACCGUCUUGAAAGGGUGAUGAAUAUCCGUCCCCGCCCUGAGAUAGAUGCUUAUAUGAAGGCAUCAUCCAUCAGCGGUAAAAAGCACAGCAUCACAACAGAAUACAUAUUGAAAAUUCUUGGCCUUGAUGUGUGUUCGGACACAAUAGUUGGUAACGACAUGCUCAGAGGUGUUUCAGGGGGGCAAAAAAAGAGAGUUACUACAGGAGAAAUGGUGGUUGGGCCACGGAAAACACUAUUCAUGGAUGAAAUAUCAACGGGUCUUGAUAGCUCUACUACAUUUCAGGUUGUUAAGUGUAUUAGAAACUUUGUUCAUUUCAUGGAAGGAACCGUUUUAAUGGCCCUUCUUCAACCUGCUCCGGAGACAUUUGAUCUUUUCGAUGAUCUUAUAUUACUUUCUGAGGGGCACGUAAUAUAUCAAGGACCAUGUGCUCAAGUUCUUGAGUUUUUUGAGUCAUUGGGUUUCCAGAAGCCCCCGCGUAAGAAUACUGCUGAUUUUUUACAAGAGGUAACUUCAAAAAAGGACCAGGGACAAUAUUGGGGUGAUCGUUCUAAACCAUACGAGUAUGUUCCCGUCUCAAGAAUAGCUGAAGAGUUUUGGAAAUCACGAUAUGGUCAGGAUUUGCGAUAUUUUCUCUCAACUUCAUAUGAUAAAUCUAAAAGUCAUCCUUCAGCUUUGCCCAAAACUAAGUAUGCCAUAUCAAGAUGGGAGCUCUGUAAAGCUUGUUUCUCUAGAGAGUUGCUUCUAUUCGAUAGAAACCGUUUUUUGUACAUCUUCAAGGCACUCCAGAUUGUGUAUAUAGCAAUUCUAGCAUGUACAUCGUUUCUUCACACAAGACUAAGUCCAAUUGAUGUGAUGAAUGGCGAGCUUUAUCUUUCUUGCUUGUUCUUUAGCCUGGUAGCCAUGUUGUUCAAUGGAUUUGCGGAGCUACCUCUGACAAUAUUUCGACUUCCAGUAUUUUACAAGCAAAGGGAUAAUCUUUUUCAUCCUGCAUGGUCAUGGUCUAUCACAUAUUUCUUAAGCCGGAUUCCUUAUUCAAUAGUUGAAUCUGUUGCAUGGUCUUCUGUGGUGUAUUUUAGCGUCGGAUUUGCUCCAGGAGCUGCCAGGUAUAAUAAUAAUCCAGAAAAUUCUUCAAUUUCACUGAUGACAAUGAAAUAUUUGAAUCUCAUCUCUUCUUUUCAUAUUUGUUUAUGUUUCAGAUUCUUCCGAUUUGUACUGCUACUCUUUUCACUACACCAAAUGGCAUUAGGUCUCUUCAGGUUUAAUGCUACUUUGGCGAGAGAUAUGGUUGUUGCGAACACUUACGGGUCAAUUGCGAUGAUGACAAUAUUUCUGUUGGGUGGAUUUGUCAUACCAAAAGGAAUGAUCAAGCCAUGGUGGAUAUGGGCAUACUGGGUAUCGCCAUUAUCUUAUGCGCAACGAGCAAUUGCUGUUAAUGAAUUUCUAGCUACAAGAUGGGUAAAGAGAUUGACAGCCCAAAACACCUCUCUCGGAUACACAAUCCUCCAACUUCAUGACUUACCCACUGAGGAUUAUUGGUAUUGGAUUGGAGUUGGUGUUUUAUUAGCGUAUGCUAUAUUAUUCAACAUGGCUUCAACAAUUGCGCUGACAUUUCUAAAUCCUCUCACCUCAUCUCGAACGAUUCUUCCAGAAGACAACAAUGACCAAGAGAAGUCCAUGUCUGUUACACCAUCAAACAAUCAUGCAAAAAAGAAAGGGAUGAUUCUACCGUUCCAACCAUUAGUCAUGACAUUCCAUAAAGUUAACUACUUUGUUGACAUGCCUAAGGAAAUGAGUUCACAAGGUGUCCCGGAAAGAAGAUUGCAACUGCUGUCGAAUGUCAGUGGAGUGUUCUCACCUGGUGUGCUGACAGCAUUAAUGGGGUCAAGUGGAGCUGGGAAAACAACAUUAAUGGAUGUCCUUGCGGGUAGAAAGACUAGUGGAUACAUCGAAGGAGACAUAAAGAUUUCUGGUUAUCUGAAGGAGCAGAAGACUUUUGCUAGGGUGUCUGGAUAUGUGGAACAAAACGACAUACAUUCACCUGAGCUGACAGUUUAUGAGUCCCUCUUGUUUUCAUCAUUUCUACGGCUCCCAAAGGAUGUGGAUGAAGGACAAAGACAAGAGUUUGUUGAAGAGGUAAUGCAGUUGGUGGAACUCGACUCCCUAAGGCAUGCAUUGGUAGGGUUGCCUGGCAUUUCCGGGUUAUCCACUGAACAGAGAAAACGUUUGACAAUAGCAGUUGAGCUCGUUGCAAAUCCAUCAAUCAUUUUUAUGGAUGAACCAACAUCUGGUCUUGAUGCACGGGCUGCAGCAAUUGUCAUGCGGACAGUUCGCAACACUGUUGAUACAGGAAGAACAGUGGUGUGCACCAUACAUCAGCCAAGUAUUGAGAUUUUUGAAGCAUUUGAUGAGCUCCUUCUGCUGAAGCGUGGCGGCAGAGUGAUAUAUGGUGGUAAACUUGGCGAAAAUUCACAAACCAUGAUCAACUAUUUUCAGGGGAUAAGAGGAGUUACACCUUUUCCAGAUGGCUACAACCCUGCAAAUUGGAUGCUUGAAGUAACCACUCUUGCUGUUGAACAAAGCAUUAAUGAAGAUUUUUCUGUGAUAUAUGCAAAUUCGCAGCAGUACCGAGACGUUGAAGCUUCUAUUCAGAGACUGAGCAUCCCUCCUGAAAAUUCCAAACCUCUAAAAUUCAGUACAACAUAUGCAAGAAGCACAUUAUCUCAAUUUAAAAUAUGCUUUUGGAAGCAAAACAUCAUUUAUUGGAGAAAGCCAGAAUACAACGGGAUCAAGAUGCUUUUUACAGCUUUUGGUGCUAUUAUCAUUGGUACCAUAUUUUGGGAUGUUGGUUCCAAAAGGAGUUCGGCUCAAGCACUGUUUGUCUUGAUGGGAGCUCUCUAUGCUUCUGCCACUUUUCUUGGUGUGAACAAUUGUGGGACUGUACAACCGAUAAUAGCAAUUGAGAGGUCUGUCUUUUAUAGAGAAAAGGCUGCUGGAAUGUACUCCCCGGUUCCAUUCGCACUUGCACAGGGUCUUGUGGAGUUUCCAUACAUUUUGGUACAAACUGUAAUAUACACCAUUAUCACCUACUUCAUGAUGAACUACGAGAGGACAGCCGGAAAGAUUUUCAUGUACCUCUUAUUCAUGUUUCUCACAUUCUUGUACUUCACCUUCUUCGGGAUGAUGGCUGUGGGACUUACUCCUACUCUAAACUUGGCGGCAGUCUACUCCGGUGCAUUUUACGCGACUUGGAAUCUAUUUUCUGGCUUUCUCAUCCCGGUGCCGAACAUCCCGCCAUGGUGGACAUGGCUCUACUACAUCUGUCCGGUAGCUUGGUCUUUGCGCGGCAUAAUCACAUCCCAAUUAGGCGACGUAGAGACAACAGUCAUCGGGCCGGAUUUUGAAGGAACAGUCAAGGAGUUCAUCAGCCAACGAUUUGGUUUCGAGUCGAAGAUGCUCUGGCCUACCACCGGCGUGCUCAUUGGAUUUUCUGUUGUCUUCUUCGGUGCUUAUGUCUUCUCUGUCAAAGCUCUCAAUUUUCAGAGAAGAUAGAAAUGAAGUAGUUAAGAAAAGAUGGGACUUUUGAGGAGUCAUUCAAUAUUUGAGAAAUGAAGAAUUUUAUGCAUCUAAGAGUUUAUAAGAACAAAUAGAUUCUUGAUUCUUUUUUAGGACCAUUUUGUUAUAUUACCUAGGAAUUGUUUCUAACAAAUUAUUCGAACAAAAAAACUACGUAUUCUUUUGAAUAUGCGGGCAGCCUCGGACAGGACGGUCAACAACACACCUUGGAAGCCCGAUUGAGGGGCGCGAUCCCGGCAAGUUCAGGUACAAGUUGAAUAAAAAAAGAAUUAAUGAUCGAACCGGAUUAACAAUUUGGCAAGAAAGUUGGACGUGGUUGUAAUAGUUUACGAAGGGACGAACAUGAUGGUCAGGCUGUCGAAUUACCGUGGCCAUGUGCUUCUACAAAGCCAUGGUUUGAUAUGU